AUGGCCAACGUCUGGACCGAAAGCCUUGACAGGAAGUCCAUUUGCAUCAGAGGCUGGAGCGAGAACACUACCAUUGACCCCAGUGACACCCCCGACAAUAUGGCCAAGUUCCUAGACAGCCUCAAUACUGCACUCGACUCGACACAGCCAGGCCACGAUGAAACUCAUCUCCGCCUUGAACCAGCUUCCAAAUCUGACGCUGGCGAGGGUGGUCUCACAUUGAAGAUUACCUGUGAACUUCUUGGGUUACAGCCGCUCAAAUGGCCUAUGCACCUGAAGAAGUUGCCAUCAUCUGCCAUCGCUGCAGAUCUUGUGCUUCCCCUGAUCCAGGCCCACCUCACCAGAAACCUCGAGGUCGAGUCGUUAAUUCGGACGCUGGGCCAUAAAGACGUGGUCAUUACGAAACUUCUGGACAAGCUGGAGGCUGUAGGCACGGGUCUAGAGCAUGUAUUCAACGGGCUCUCCGGAAAGAAGCGAAUCUCCAGAGCCGCCGCCGCAGACAAAAUCCCAGGCCUUGCCCCAUUUGACCGUCACCGCUGGAAGUCUGGCCUUGCAUACACGGACGAUGGCCCAAGCAACACAGAGUCGUUGAUAGAAGAUGUCCUUGGUGGAGGAGGAUUGCAGUUUGAGCCCACAAUAGAGGUUGCCGAAUCACCUCUGUUAGAUGACUGGUGGCAUCAGUUCAGUGGCGCUUCUUCUGUAGGACGCCCAUCGCAGAAGGCAAUUCCUGCAAAAGAGACGACACCUCCGCCCCAGGUGUCGGGGGUUGGUGAUGACGACGACGACGAUUUUCAAGUUCAGUCAACACCACCACAUCUUACGGCCGCACGGAAGUCCAUGGCAUCAAGGGGCAAGGGAAAGCCUGUCCUUGACGACGCAUCCACCGAGGGUGAUCCCGAAUCUCCCGCUUCGGCCAAAGAUGUCCCCGUCCCUCCCGAGACACGGAAGGAGACCAGGCCAACUCGACGGCUAGGAGCACUCGGCCGAAAGAAGCAAUCAACUCCGCCCCGAUCCCCCAGUCCUAAAAUACCUUCGCCAGCGAAGAAAGCACCGAGCCCAAAUGUCGACGACUCCGAGACAGCAUCGGAGGCAGAAGAUGACGGUGCAACAGCCUCGCUUCCAGACGAUGAUCCACCCCCGGCACCUUCACCCUCACCUCCACCCAAACCUGUUGCAAAGAAGAGUGGCCUUGGGCGUAUCGGGGGAGCCAAGGCGAAGCAGCCUGUCAAGGAGACAUCACCGCCCACAGAACCGGAAGUAACUGAGAUUGCCAGACCGGCCACCCAGAACCCCCCAAAGAGGUUGGGCGUGAUUGGGAAGAAGAAGGGGGAUGCGAAGGAGCCAUCAUCGGCUGCCGAUGAGAGUAGAGGCCGGGCCCGAUCAACGAAAGAGGAGGCACCGAAACCAAGAGAAACCUCACAAGAGAGGGCUGACCGCAGACGAGAGGAACUCAAGAGGGAGCUGGAGAAGAAGGCGGCAGCUGGUCCGGCCAAGAAGAAGCGGAAGUUUUAG